AUGUAUCUAUUUAAUGGAGUGCUGGACGAGCAGUUAUUGCAGCUGCAACGGCUUCAAGAUAACACUUCACCUACCUUUGUGAUGGACAGAGAAUGCUUGGACUACAAGAAGAUUGGAUUGCAUCUGAAUCAGUUGGGAAGAAGAAGUUCUAUUAGAGAUAUUUCCAGCAUUGUUGCUCGUAGGGUUCGUAACGGAUGUGUUGCAUUUCGCUUUGCUUUCGAGCUUAACAACCGCCCAGGGCUGGAAGUUGUAGAGCAUGAGUACCAUUACCUCAAGAAUAUGAUGCAUGAACUCUUCCAGCUGGAGCAGCAGAGGCUAUUAGCGGCAGGUGUCAGAUAUCCAUUGAAGAUUUUACAAAUAAUGUUUAGGCUCCGACAGUUAAUGAGAAAGCUAACGAAUAGUGUUGUAGUCUAG